GGGGUGGGGGGAAGAUACCUCCUCCUUCUCCUCCUGCCUGCUGGUUCUGAGCAGCACUUCAGUGGUCCUCCUCCCGAGUUGGACGUCUCGUGCCUGGUUCCGUUGGGAGGCAGCAGCCUCCUGCAGCUGCUCGACUCUAAGCGCAUUUUUCUGCAGCCUCUCCUCCUCCUCCUCUGUGAUCUCAGCCUUUGUGCACCCAGAGCGCGUGUGCGCGUGCGAAUCACGCGCUCACAUUGAAAUUCAGACAGCGUGGCUGCGCGCCGAGAGCCUGAAUAAUCAUCCGCAGCUCCGAGCCAGAUUCCCCCCAGCCUGCGCAGCGAGGAUUUCUGUGAAACACUAAGUUUUAAGACACGAGGACCAACGUUACCUGUGCAGACUCUUCAGAAUGAAGAUGAAGUAAGACGUCUCCAUCACGCCUGCCCCUCCUUCACUCCACAUCGACGGUACCUGACAGGAUCAGAACUUCUGCUUCUGUCUCUGAAAACUAAAGUUUGAAGGAAAAAGCGACAGGGAGGAGCUUUAAACGUGACCCUCUUCAUCUUCUCAGAGCUUUGAUGGAUCUGCUUCACACAGCAGACUGAAGCAAGAAAGACCUUGAAGCGGAGAACAAAGGGGCAAACAUCAGAGGAGCAGAGCAGAGGGAGAAAAUCGAGGGUUUAUUUGGUUAAAGGUCGGUUAGAUGGCCAUAAGGACAGACCUCCUCCCCUCUGCUGCUCCUCCUCCCGUCUUCCCUCUCUCUCUCCACUGAUCUGCCAGCUUUUCUCAGCUCUGUCGCUCCAGUGCGGAGGGAGACAGCAGAGCAGAGGAAGCCGGGCUCUGCCUUCGCACAGAUGGCAGAAAACAGGAGAGGUGCUGCAUUCGCCCGACUGCUGAAUCCCAGUGAAGCCGAACGCUGCUGUUGAUGGAGAAUGGGAUGCACGAUGGCUGGAAAACAGAGGAGGGAAAGUUCUAAAGUCAAGGAAAAGAGGGAUAAAUGAAGGAUUUUGGAUGCAGACGAUCGCGCCGCAGCAGAGAGUAGAGAAACCUCAGCUGGACUGAGACCAGCCCACACGUGUGCAGGUUCUGAUCCAAGGGUGGGUCGGCGUGACGGAGGGCUCGUCCCAGUCACCACACCUGGGUGGUUGUUGGACCGGGGACAGUGGCAGGCCCAGGGGCGGGGGCAUGGCCGUGGGGGGGCCGCAUCCCAUCCUCCACGCUCCACAGGGACAGGAGCUUUGGCUGGGGGUCCUGGAGCUGGGGUCCACCCAAGGGGGCUCCCAGGCUGUUGGAGCUCAGGCCCUGGAUGAGUGGAGGGGUGGUGCCGGUGGGUGGAGGUAGCAUUGCGGGGGGCGGAGCAGAGAAAGGAGGCAAGGUGAGAUGUUCCCGAAGACUCUGGUUCCUCCUCGGCACGGUGGCUCUGGUCUUCCUCACCUCGCUCUUCUUGUCCAUGUCGCUUCGAGGGGGCGUUAGCUUCAACUAUCUGGAGCCCCCCGGGUGGGAGGAGUCCAGGCGGGUGAAACUGGUGCCCAGCUACAUGGGCACACAUCGGCUGUCUCCACCUGAAACUCCGUUGCAGAAGACAUGUGCCUGCUCUCGUUGCGUCGGAGACCCAGGAGUGUCUGACUGGUUUGACGAGAACUACGACCCGGAUAUCUCGCCCGUUUGGACCAGAGACAACAUCCAGCUGCCCCCUGAUGUCUACUACUGGUGGGUGAUGUUACAGCCGCAGUUCAAACCUCACAACAUCCAGCAGGUGCUGCUGAGGCUUUUCCAGGUGAUUCCUGGACGCUCGCCCUACGGCUCCUGGGAUCCGGGACGCUGCCUGCGCUGCGCUGUGGUGGGAAACUCCGGAAACCUCAGAGGGGCCAGAUAUGGGUCAGCCAUUGAUGGACACGACUACAUCAUGAGGAUUAAUCUGGCCCCCACUGUGGGCUACGAGGACGACGCCGGCAGCAGAACCACGCACCACUUCAUGUACCCAGAGAGCGCCAAGAACCUGGCGGCCAACGUCAGCUUCGUCCUGGUUCCCUUCAAGACUCUGGACCUGGUCUGGAUCACCAGCGCUCUGUCCACGGGACAGAUCCGCUUCACCUACGCUCCGGUGAAGCAGUUCCUCCGCGUGGACAAAGACAAGGUCCAGAUCUUCAAUCCAGCCUUCUUUAAAUACAUCCACGACCGCUGGACCAGACAUCACGGCCGCUACCCCUCCACCGGCAUGCUGGUGCUGUUCUUUGCUCUGCACGUCUGUGACGAGGUGAACGUGUUUGGCUUCGGGGCCGACAGCCGAGGAAACUGGCACCACUACUGGGAACAGAACCGCUACUCCGGAGAGUUCAGGAAGACCGGCGUCCACGACGCAGACUUUGAAGCCCAGAUCAUCCAGCAGCUUUCCCAGGCUGGGAAAAUCACAGUAUUCCCUGGAAAGUGAUCCACACUCCCAUCAUGCGUAGCUCUACAGAUUAGGAAGCUGAUCCGAAGUACACGCGUAGAUGUCUCACCUGUUUGGGUUUUAUGUUGAAGUCAAAGUUUACAGGAAGUGAGGAGAAAUGCCUGAACGGGACUGUGACCUCCGUCUGAAGGAUCAGGCAGGAGAACCGGCUGCAGCUGGAAAUCAGAACCCUGCUGCUGUGGACUUGGUCCGGUAGAACCAUUCAGACUCAAAGACAGACAAACAGUCUGAGCUGCAAACAUCUGGAGAACUGAACCAUCAGAACUCGGAUCGGAUCUUUGAUUUGCCUUAAACUCAGUUUGAGGCACAGACUCCGAGCGGCACCGCCAUGGAGGUCGAUGAUUGGAAGUCUGACGGUUUGUGUGACAGCUGCUGUGUGAAAACUGGUUUACCAGAUACAACCGUCGUCUGAAGCCCGCGGGUCGGUUCUGUGUAAGCAGAUCCAAACACACACAAUCAGGACUUUCCGAUGCUCUGACUCACCGAGAUGAGCCUCAGCUUCCAGACGCCAUGGCAACCACCAGCCCGCUGCAGCCGGUACUCACAUCUGGACUGUGGCGAUGAGGAAGUGAGCCGGGUUCUGAACGGGUCCGGACAGAUCAGGAUUUUAGCUUUUAGGAAAUUUUGUUUCACCUCCAAAUAAACUGGACCAGGUGGAGGCCUUCAUUAACCACGCCGCUAACCCUUCUGGAGGAGGCGGAGCCACCACACGCCUUAAGACUUCAUCUGUGAUGGUGACCCCUCCCCUCUUUGUCACACACACACACACACACACACACACACACACACACACACACACACACACACCUACUGCUAGUUUCUCUCUCCUCGUCGUUCCUCAUUACUCAGACAGAAACGGGAAUAAUCCAGGAAAGCAUCAGAAACACAAACCUGUAAUUCCACCUUAAAACAGACCCAAAUUCCAGUGAAACAUUCAAAAGAAGCUAGUUUUAAAAAAUCAGAGGUUUUAAACAUCCACUUUUUAAUCUGAGCUCUAAACCUUUCAGCCCCAAACGUUAGAUCAUGUGGGAGGAGCCUGUGGGGUUUGAAGCAUCUGUUGGUUUAUCUGAUUUUAUCACUUCUUUACUGUAAAUCUUUUCAUUAAUUUAAUUUUUUAUUUGUUGAAAGACAAACACAAAUAUUAGAGCUGCGAUUGGAGGACAAUUGCUUAAAGAGCAAGUCACCCCCAAAUCAACUUUUUUUCCUGAUAAACUAAAUGUGUGUCUAAUCGUGCUGCAGACACGUGUGGUUAAUAGUUUAGCACUUUGGUGCAUUUUUGUUAAAAUUUUAAUUUUCUGCCUAAAACUGUCAGUGUUGUGCCGUUGACAUGUAAAAACUCUGCACUGCAUUUGAAUUUAAAUCUGCCAUCGCUAUUGGCUGAGAGGUACCCUAGAACGUUAGCUGGUACCAUAUGAUGUCACAAUAUCAUUGUGAGCCUGUUUGAGUGUGUAUUUGUUAGCGGCUCUGCCCUCUCGGUCUGCUAGGCAACAGCAUUUGUUGCACUUUUCUAACAGGAAGUGGGAGUGGAGUUAGACUCUGGUAGGGGGUGACUUGCUCUUUAAGGCGGAUUUACAGAAAGAUUCAGAUUUACUGAAAAUUAUUGUUGAGCAAGAUUAAGGAUUUAAAUGUGACAACCUGAAUAUGUUUCUGCAGUGAAUUUUACGUGGAACACAACCAGAUGUUAUGUCUUCUUACAAAAAUGCACCAAAACAUGAUCUGGUGAGCAAAUCUAAAACUUCUAAUCUUUUUGUGGGGUCCAUGAAUGCAGCACUGCCAACUUUUAUUUCUUAAGAUUUUUUUUUAUAAGAAACAAGACUCAAAAUAAGGCAUUUUGUGUUAAUUUCAUCCAAAAAUCAAUGAAAACAGUCAGAAGGAAAUUGAAUAAACUGAUUCAAAUCAUUCAUGUUUUAUAUAUCAAAGCAUGAUGGUUAGGAUUAGAAACAUCAGAAACCUGAACAGCUGCUGGAGUCGACGCUAAUAGUUCAGGUUGUCCUCGUAAAAACAGGUUUUAAAUUUAGUUUGUUGGCAGGAAGAGAGCCCACGACCAGGAGGACGGUGAAUAAUUAACAGCCAACAGGUGCUGAGAUGAUUUUUAGAUGAGAGAACAAACUCCACAGGGCUCCUGAAGUUUGAAAAUCUCUUUUUCUUAGACAAGUUUGGGUUUAGUUCCUGGGUUGUUUACUCCCAGAUGGAGGUUUAGGUAUCCCGUCUCCUGCCCGUGUGUUAAUUAUCUGUGACUCCAUGUCUUCUGUAACAGAUGGCGUGUAUUUCUGUCGGCUUUCCGUGCCUUUUGUCUUGCUGCUGGACGCCUGCAGCUCCUUUACACCAACACGCACCUGAUACCUUUGAAUUUUUGUUUCACACACUUUUUUUUGCCGUGCCUUCUGAGAUGAACGGACAUGAACACACUCUGCCUUCUGCUGCCGGGGGUGCACGCGCCUCCCGAUCCGCACUUCUUUCUGCUUCAUACUGAUGUUUUCAACAGGAGACGAGAACUUAUGCCAGAGAAAACUCCUGAUCCAGGUGUCUUUGUUUUCCUUUUAAACUUCCCUUGAUGGUCCUUGUCAUGAGGAGAGAGGAAGGACACCUGGAUACGUCUCCAGUCCACCACAGAGACAAAGUUAAAGAGCAAGUUAACCCCAAAUCAACUUUUUUGCUGAUAAACGAAAUAAAUGAGUCUAAUCGUGCUGUAGACUCAUGUAGUCAAUAAUUUGGCACUUUAGUGUGUCUUAAGUUAAAAUUUAAAUAUUCUGCCUAAAGCAGUCAGUGUUGUGCCGUCUUCAGGUAAAAACUCUGCCCUGCAUUUGAAUUUAAACCUGCUAUCACUAAGGAUCACUAAGAGGUCCACUAUGAUGCUAGCUGGUACAUUAUGAUGUCACAAUGUCGUAAGCCUGUGUGUGUAUUUGUCUGUGGCUCCGCCCUCUCGGUCUGCUAGACAACAUUUGUUGCAUUUUUCAAACAGGAAGUGAGAGUGGAGUAAGACUCUGGUAGGGGGUGACUUGCUCUUUAACCUGACAUGGUUUUGGUCUGUGGGAGGAAAUCCAGAAGAGCAUGCUCAGAAGAAGAAGAAGCGAGGACUGGAUCAGGAGUUUAGAAAAGUUCUGUUUGUUUUCGGGAGAUAUUUGAGAGGAUUCUUUUUCCCGUUUCACGGAAAGACUAGAAACGUGAACAGAAACUCGCUCUGCUCCGUUUGUGUUCACUUGUGCAGCAGCUGAGCGCUGUUUCUAUGCAACGAUCGGAAAAGGCUCCCAAUCCUGCAGCUCCAAGGAUUGCCUGCAGACUAAACCAGUGCUCCUCAUCAGAUGGAGACCAGGACAAAGUGGUGAGAUGGAGGCAAGCCCCCCCCCCCCGAUCCCACCUGAAGUAAAUCCGCUCUCCAUCAGUGACCCACAACCCAGCUUCUUAUCCUGCAGAAAGACUUCUGUUCCUUCCUCGUUUUCCUCGCAGGCAGAGAAUAAAACUCGUCGGCCUGGAAGUGAGCCGAGGUUCAACCAGGUUCUGGUUUUCUCUGGAAGAGCGACGAUCUACUGAGAAACAGCUGAUUCCUUCUCUUGAACCUAAAAGUGUCAUGACCCAACACGCAUUGCUUCGCCUUGUUGCUCAGUAACAAGCCAGAACCUCCAUGAAUCAGGCAGAAAUGAGGCUAUGUGGGUAGGUUAGGAGGUGAACUCCAGCAGGAAGAGGCAGCAAACACCCGUGUGAUACGUGACUCUUUGUAUUUGAUGCUGUUGUACAAAUAAAAGCUUCAUGAAA